UUUCCCCUGUUAUGUGAACGAGCGGAGUGAGUUACGCGUCGUCAGAAAGUGGAGUGAUCGUCUCAUGUCAACAGGUUUGACAGACUGAUCAUAACGUCAGAGUCUCUUCUAUUGGAUACACCGAGAGCAGUAGGCUCCCCAUGGCUCCCAAACGCAGACUCAUCACAGACACCUUCAAGGUGGUGAAGAAAGCGAAGAAGGAAGAGAAGCAGGAGAAGGACACUCCAGUAGUGCCAGAGACAGAGCCUGAGCCCCACCCACUGACGCAGAGAGAGAAGGACCUGUGGGAGCUCAGGCAGUUUGAUCUUGACUGGCGAUACGGACCCUGUACAGGUAUUAGUCGUCUACAGCGCUGGGACAGAGCGGCGCUUCAUGGGUUAAACCCCCCUCAGGUGGUCAGAGAGCUGUUGCUGAAGACAGGGGACGACAGUGACUACACACACUGCUUAUGGCAUGACUAUCCACUGUGAGGGAGGAGCAGAGUGAUGCACAGCUCCCAGGCCAGGCUUCUCUCUCUGCCUGCUUCUGCUUUCUCAGCUCU